AUGGGCAAGGGCUUCUCACAUCUGCUCACACAUGUUCUCAUGGCCAUUCUAGGGCCUUGCUGGAGCUGCUCCCAUUCUGUGUCUUGGGGAUCUGUGUUCUGGAUUCUAUGUCCAAACUUGGACUGCCAACCGGAACAGACUUAUGUACAGGAACCCUACACUCGGAUUGAGGGCUGUAUAUGGACUCGUUCUUAUCUGCUGGAAACCAGGGCAAAUGAGGAAUUUGUGACCUUUGAGGAUGUGGCCAUCUUCUUCUCCAAGGAAGAGUGGAGGCUGCUCGCUGAGGCUCAGAGGCAGCUCUACCUCAGAGUCCUGCUAGAGAACUUUGCACUCGACCAGAAUCAUCCCAACUCGGAAAACAACUUGAAAAGAGAUUUACACAUAGCCUCACUGGUGAAGAACUGCAGAAUCCGUGUGCCACCAAAGCAUUUUCUCUCUUCAGAAGAUGGAAAGGAUGUCCUAGCUGUACUGAACAUCAUCCCUCCACAGGCCCUUCCCAUUGGUGAGCAACCAGAGCUAAUCACUGAAUGUGGAGAGGGCUUUCAAACUAGCAAAGACUGUUCCAAGCAGGGUGAACGUCGAGAAGAAGCUCCUAGCCGAAAACACACCCGGGCUCACCACCCGAGAGCCACUGCUGUAACGUUUAGCAGCCUUUCUGAAUCUCCUAAACGUGGGAGAGGCCGGCCCCGCCUCUCUCUUACUCAUCAGAGGUCUUACAAGUGCAGUGAAUGUGGAAAAACUUUUAGACAGACCUCGCACCUAAACAACCACCUCCGAAUUCACACAGGGGAAAAGCCUUACAAGUGUGGAGAAUGUGGGAAGUCAUUUACCCAAAGAGAUACUCUGAUUAAACAUUACAGAGUUCACACUGGAGAAAAACCCUACGUGUGCGAUGGAUGCGGGAAAUCCUUUCGGCAAAUUUCCAACCUUACCGAACACCGCAGGAUCCACACUGGAGAAAGACCUUACGAGUGUGACGAAUGUGGCAAAUCAUUUGGAUCCAAAUCAACUCUCGUCCGGCACCGAAGAAUUCACGGGGCUGAGAAGCGUUACCAGUGUGACCAGGGUGGCAAAUUCUUCACACAGAGCCGCAGGCUACUUGCACACCAGGUGACUCACGGUGGAGCAAGGCCUGAUGGCUGUGGUGAGAAUGACAGCUCCUUUAGCCAAGGAGACACCCCCAAGACACACCACGAAGCUCACACCUCCGAAAAGCCUCAUGUCUGUGGCGACUGUGGGAAAGCAUUCAUGUACAAAUCUAAGCUUGCUCGACACCAGAGAUCUCACACGGGGGAGAAACCGUUUGAGUGCGAAGAAUGUGGGAAAUCCUUUCAAGAAAGCAAUGGUCUUAUGCAACACCAGAAACUGCAUACUGGAUUAAAGCCUUUUAAGUGUGGCCAGUGUGGUAAGUCUUUUGUCCAAAAGUGUCACCUCUUUCAACACCAUGUAGUUCACACAAGAGAAAGGCCGUAUGAGUGUGGGAAAUGUGGGCAAUCUUUUCCUCAACAGUCUACCCUCUUGCUCCACCGGAAAGUCUCACACCAUGGAGAGGCUCCAUGAAAAUUACAUGCAAACAUAGCUUUAGUCCAAGGUCU